AGGACUUGAUUAUCUUAGUUUUUAAAACCACACACCUGGUUAAGUACAAAUCAGGACCUGUACUUCUUCGAGGCUCAUAGACUAAGUUGAAAUUCUUUCACUGGAUGGAUGGGAACACUCAAAGGACACAGAGAGGGCCAGGGCCUUGCCUGAAAUUACACAGCAAGUCAUUUGCAGAGCUAGGACUUAUGAGCUCUCCCGAACUCAUCAACUAUCACGCUGGUCUCUUUCCUUGCACAGAUUGGGGACCAUGGUUUGGAAAAGGCUUUUGACCCAGAAAUCACCAAGAGCUGUUCCAAAAUAGAAGGGCGUAAGAAAUGUACUCAGACUAGGUUGGCCUGAAGUAGGAAGUCAGAAGAGUUAUAGACAGGUUGCAUUGAAGAGUGAAGACCUGCUGUGUGUAUCCACCAAUCUGAUUGACUUGCUCAGGGGUAGGAGGCUGAAGCAUCUGUCUCCAGAAAUGUCUUCAGAAAGUAAAGAGCAACGUGACCUUUCACCCAAGGACUCAGUUGAAGGAAAUGACCGAUACAGUCAUCCAUCUAGGAUCCAUCCGGAGCUUGAAAAGGAAUCAAGUACUGACUUCAAGCAAUUCGAGGCCAGUGAUCCAUGCAGACCUUAUCCUAGGAUCCAUAUGGAGCCUCAAGAGAAAUCAAAUACUAACUGCAAGCAAUUUGUCAUCAAAAAACUACAGAAGAGUUGCCAGUGUAGUCCAACCAAAGCAAAAAAUAUGAUUUUUGGUUUCCUUCCUGUUUUGCAGUGGCUCCCAAAAUAUGAUCUAAAGAAAAACAUUUUAGGAGAUGUGAUGUCUGGCUUGAUUGUGGGCAUCUUAUUGGUGCCCCAAUCCAUUGCUUAUUCUCUCUUGGCUGGCCAAGAACCUAUUUAUGGUCUGUAUACAUCUUUUUUUGCCAGCAUCAUUUAUUUCCUAUUGGGGACCUCCCGUCACAUCUCUGUGGGCAUUUUUGGAGUACUGUGCCUUAUGAUUGGUGAGGUGGUUGACCGAGAAGUACACAAAGCUGGCUAUGACACUGUCUAUAUUGCCCCUUCUUUAGGGAUGGUUUCAAAUGGGAGCAUAUCAUUAAACCAGACAUCAGACAGGACAUGUGACAAAAGUUGCUAUGCAAUUAAAGUUGGCAGCACUGUAACCUUUAUGGCUGGAAUUUAUCAGGUAGCGAUGGGCUUCUUUCAAGUGGGCUUUGUUUCUGUCUACCUCUCAGAUGCCUUGCUGAGUGGAUUUGUCACUGGUGCCUCCUUCACUAUUCUUACAUCUCAAGCCAAGUAUCUCCUUGGGCUCAGCCUUCCUCGGAGUAAUGGCGUGGGCUCGCUCAUCACUACUUGGAUACAUAUCUUCAGAAACAUCCAUAAGACCAAUGUCUGUGACCUCAUCACCAGCCUUUUGUGCCUUUUGGUUCUUUUGCCAACCAAAGAACUCAAUGAACGCUUCAAGUCCAAGCUUAAGGCACCAGUUCCUACUGAACUUUUUGUCGUUGUGGCAGCCACAUUAGCCUCUCAUUUUGGAAAACUAAAUGAGAAAUACAAUACCAGUAUUGCUGGACAUAUUCCCACUGGGUUUAUGCCACCCAAAGCACCAGACUGGAACUUAAUUCCUAGUGUGGCUGUAGAUGCAAUAGCUAUUUCUAUCAUUGGUUUUGCUAUCACUGUAUCACUUUCUGAGAUGUUUGCCAAGAAACAUGGCUACACAGUCAAAGCUAAUCAGGAAAUGUAUGCCAUUGGCUUUUGCAAUAUCAUCCCUUCCUUCUUUCACUGCUUUACUACUAGCGCAGCUCUUGCAAAGACGUUGGUUAAAGAAUCAACGGGCUGCCAAACUCAGCUUUCUGGUGUAAUGACAGCUCUGGUUCUUUUGUUGGUCCUCCUGGUAAUAGCUCCUUUAUUCUAUUCCCUUCAGAAAAGUGUCCUUGCUGUGAUCACUAUUGUAAAUCUCCGGGGAGCCCUGCGUAAAUUUAAGGAUCUGCCCAAGAUGUGGAGGGUUAGCAGAAUGGAUACGGUUAUCUGGUUUGUUACUAUGCUGUCCUCUGCACUGAUAAGUACUGAAUUAGGCCUGCUUAUUGGGGUUUGUUUUUCUAUGUUUUGUGUCAUUCUUCGCACUCAGAAGCCAAAGAUUUCAUUGCUUGGCUUGGUGGAAGAGACUGAAAUCUUUGAAUCCAUGUCUGAUUACAAGAACCUUCAGGCUAAGCCGGGCAUCAAGAUUUUCCGCUUUGUAGCCCCUCUCUACUACAUAAACAAAGAAUGUUUUAAAUCUGCUUUAUACAAAAAAACUCUCAACCCAGUAUUAGUAAAGGCAGCUCAGAAGAAGGCAGCAAAGAGAAAGAUGAAAAAGGAAGCAGUAACUCUCAGUGGAAUCCAGGACGGAGUUUCAGUGCAACUUUCCUGUGAUCCCUUGGAGCUCCAUACCAUAGUGAUUGACUGCAGUGCAAUACAGUUUUUAGAUACAGCAGGGAUCCAUACACUGAAAGAAGUUCGCAGAGAUUAUGAAGCCAUUGGUAUCCAGGUUCUGCUGGCUCAAUGCAAUCCCUCUGUGAGGGAUUCCCUGGCCCGGGGACAGUAUUGCAAAAAUGAGGAAGAAAACCUUCUCUUUUAUAGUGUAUAUGAAGCGAUGGCUUUUGCAGAAGAAUCUCAAAAUCAGAAAGGAAUAUGUAUUCCCAAUGGUCUGAGUCUUUCCAGUGAUUUAUUGAGAUAGUAGAUGUCCUUUGUAGAUACACAAAUGCAGCAGAGCUUAUAGUAAGGCAGAAUCAAAAAGAAGAAAAUAUUGUGAUUUCAAGCUUUCUUGCAGAUAUGAGGUAUUCUUGCAAUUAAGUAAAUAUCUAUUGAAUUGAACUGUAAACUUAAUCAUCAUCCUGUUUUAAGAGAUAUGCAUUUGGACUCUUCCUUCUUCCAGAGGUAAAGGGGUGAAGCUGGCAUUUACAUGAGAAGUGCUAGAACCACCUUCACAUGGCUCCUUGGAGAGGGAGUGGAAAGGAGGCAGGGAAAGAAUGUUAUGUCUGCUCAUGUACCAGCAGGCCAAGAGGCUUCUGGAGCACAAGGUAAUAACUAGACAAGUUUGUUCUUGUGCUUCUCUAUUCCCAGUCUUUGCUCCCCAGACGGCAGUAGGAUCUCCGGCUUUUAAUAGGAAAGCACCAUUGGUCUCCUUAAAGCAGAGAACCGUGGACACAGUCUCAUCAGUAGUGUGACAGCUGAGCUGGUUUGUGAAAUCCUACCAGCCAGCCUCUCUUUAUACAGAACAUUCUUUGUAAUAUAUUUGAUGUUUUUAGUCAUGCCUUUGUGUUUAGGGUCUGUAGGUAAGAGCAAGGAGCUCUUCCUAAUCAGCAAGAAGAAUGGGAAUCCUCACUGUCUGCUCAUGGUGAUCUCUAUCUGUCCCUGUUUCUGAGUAUUUCUCUACCAUUAAGUUCUAUUUUAGCUUUCAGUCAUGUAAUGUGUUUCUUAUGGACUCUGUCCUAAACUGCUGUGUCUAAUUACCAGUAACAAGCUUGCCAGACAGAAGGCAGAAUGCUGACUCAGCAAUUCUAUACAGCAUUUUAAAUGAGCUUUUGGCAAACUGUUGAGGAUGAGUUGCAAAAAAACAGAUUGACAGUUUCCUAUAAGAAUUUGUUUACUUAGCAGUGAAUUUUUUUUCCUUCCCAUGGCAUUUUAGCAAAGGUGGGCUGGGAAUUAAGAGUCUUUCUCAAAUAGAAACUACUGUUCAUCUUUACUCUGCAAGAAAAAUUUAUUAUAACCAAUAAAAGUGAUAGAGUGCUUCCAAAAGAACAUCAAUAAUUAAUUUGUAGAUAUUUUAGUGAAAACAAAGCUAAUGCUUACUGCCAUGCACUCUGUUGAUGUACAAUAAAUAUUGAUGACAAUGACAGCUUUUAACUCUUUAGGCCACCUAAAAUUAUUAUGCAAGAGGAUUUAGAAGCAUCACAUUCAUACAACCCAAGUUCUGUGGGUGUAUUAUUUAUGAUAGCUGGCCACAGGUUGUGGCUACAGGAAUAGUUCCUUUUGAAAAGCAAGAAUGUCCAUCAUUGAAAGCUUAUAGUUCUGUAUCUGGAGCUGAUAGGUGAGAAAAAAACUAGGUUUUCCAAAGUUAGGACCAAGAGACUAAUUUAUGUGAGAUUGAAACAUUUAGCCACACCAUUUAAAACGAACAAAAUAGUAAUUGCAAAAGUGCAAUGUAAUUUUUUAACCUCGUGCUGCAUUCUAAACAGUUUAAUUAUUUAUGAGAAGCAAACCCUAUGUGUAGGACAUCUAUUGGAAUGGGAUACUUGUAGGACACUUUUAAACAUAUUUAGCUUUCUUGUUGGAUCCAUAAACUGCAAGUGUUGCUUUUCUGUUGGUAGAGUUCUGCCCGUCUGUUUACAUGGAAAAUGUCUUUCCGUUGUUAAAGCAGUUUCUUGGUAGAAAAGCUGGAUUUCUAUCUUUGAGGUGAUUAACAUCAUGAUUAAAUGUAAUAGUGUCCUGAAUUUUGACAUCCUUUUAGAAGUUAAGUCUAGAAUUGCAGAAAUGCUAUCUGCUGUUUGUGUUUUGUUUGUUUUUAGCCAAUAUUUGCCCUUUCUGUCCAGUCUUAUGAAUACUAACAGUAAAAUCACAGUA